AUGUUUGAUAUAUUUCAGUUAAAAGAGUGGAUUAAAAUAUUGUGUAAUACACUUUUAAUUGAUUCAGAUCUAGAUUCAAAGAAAGAUGGUAAUAAAUUAAAGGAAAUAAUGAUUUCAGAUCAUAAAUGGAACCUUCUUACUGAUUUAAAAGAAAUUUUAUCAUUAUUUGCAGAAGUAACAACAGAAUUAGGAGGAAGUAAAUAUGUAACAAACAGUUUACGUAUACGAAUGUUAAUUGAAAUUAUUAAUACUCUUACAACUAAUCCAUCAGAAAAUUACACUAAUAAUGAUGAACAAGAAGAUGCAUUUGAAGAUGAAGGAAAUUUUAAUAUUAGUAAACCAGUUCUUACUUUUAGUUUACUUGAUGAAGUUAAAUCAAAAUUAUAUGCAAAUUUAAAAAAAUAUUAUCCUACACUUACUACUGAAAUUUUAAUUCCUUCAAUUCUUGAUCCCAGAUUCAAAAGUCUUGAUUUUGCUCCUAAUGAACAAAAAAUCAAAACUGAAUAG